AUGAGGCCAGAACAUGCCGUUAUCCUAGGACAUAGUCUGGUUGAGAGUUCCAAAAUCGAAUUGCGGGUCCCCAUGUCGCAGCAUGUUGAUGCACCGAUCGCCGUCACCGAGCAUCAAAGGACGCGGCUUACUGAAGAGGAUCAUGUCCGCAUCAAGAGAAAGACGGACAUGGCCAUCCUCCCGGUCCUGGUGUGGAUAUACUUUUUGCAAGUUCUCGACAAGGCGGUUCUGGGCACAGGGUCGCUCUUCAAUCUCCGGGAAGACACCGGUAUGCAUGGAAACCAAUACUCGUGGGUCGGCUCGAUUUCGCCCAUCGCACAGCUGGCAUGGCAGCCCUUUUCCACAUGGCUGAUCGUGAAAGUGCCCCACCGAAUCCUGAUGCCGACGUUGACGCUUGGAUGGGGUAUUUCUCAAGCAUGUAUGGCUGGAUGCAGGGAUUUCGUCUCCCUGCUCGUGGCCCGGUUUUUCCUGGGUCUUUUCGAAGGAGGCUGUCUUCCCCUAUUCAGCGUAAUUACGAGCCAGUGGUACCGUCGUGCCGAGCAGCCUAUUCGAGUGGCUAUCUGGUAUUCAACAAACGGGGCGGCAACUAUCACCGCAUCAGUGCUGGCAUAUGUUUUGGGCCAUAUUCCGUCCGCUGUCAUGAAGCCCUGGCAAAUAACCUUUCUGUUUACCGGCCUGGUUACAAUAGCGAGUUCGCCAUGGGCAUAUUGGAGACUGGAUAACAACAUCUCAUCUGCCCGCUUCCUCACCGAGCGUGAGCGGCAGCAGGCUGCUGAACGCCUCCACUUCAAUCAAACCAGUGCAGUAUCCCGCGAAUUCAAGUGGUCACAGGUAUGGGAAGCUGUGCUGGAACCGAAAAGUUACCUGUGGAUUGCCAUGUCAGUGCUUGUCAAUAUCGGUGCAUCGGUUGCAGUCGUCUUUGGGCCGCUGGUCGUGUCCAGCUUCGGCUUUGACAAAUUUCGGACGUCCCUUUUGAAUAUUCCAUUUGGCGCUAUCCAGGCACUGGUCAUUCUCGCAAGCUGCUGGGCUGCACAGAAGGCCAAGUUGAAGUCCGUGGCCCUUGCUUCCUUCAUGAUACCCGUUAUUGUAGGAGUCGUAAUUCUUUAUGUGCUCGACAGGAAGCCCUCUGAUCGAGCACCCCUUCUGGUGUCCUAUUACCUCCUUGCGUGCCUAUUCUCAGGGAACCCACUCAUUGUUUCAUGGAUCAUUGGAAAUACGGCUGGAACAACCAAGCAAUCAGUGAAUAUGGCGCUCUAUCAAGCAGGCUCAUCAGUUGGCAAUAUUGUAGGUCCACUUCUUUUCAACGAGAAAGACGCACCGGUAUAUCACCGCGGCCUGCGUGCGGUACUCGGUGUGUUCGUUGCUUUGAUCAUGAGUAUCGGCAUCCAGGUUAUUAACUUGAUGGUGCUAAAUAAAUUGCAGAGCCAAACAAGGGUGAAUCGUGGGAAGCAAGCGACCAUAGAUGACCGGUCAAUGGCGAAUAAAUAUCACUCCGGCGGAAGUGGUAAAGACGCUGAUGGUGAGUUAGGCCAGCAGGCUUCUUUGGACUUGACGGAUCGGCAGAAUGAUGAAUUUGUGUAUAUCUAUUGAACAUUUGAAUUUCCUGGUUAAUCCAGUUUCGUGUCAUCUUAUUAUUUGCACAGACUUGUGGUCUUGCAUUGGUCGGUGAUUCGGUUGAAUUAAGAUGUUUGAUUAGCCUGUAUCGAGAAACAUAUCUUUUUGUCAAGCACAGUCAGCAAAUAGACGAAUUUCGCAACAUUCCCUGUAUG